AGUCCUGGCUUGUGAGUGGUCGAGUGGUGUUCAGUUUUCAUUUUGUCACAAAAUCAAUUCACAAACGAAAAACACUCAUGAACAUUUUCAAGUUUUUAAAUUCAUUGCUUCCAGCGUUGCCAGUUGAUGUUUUAUGGUAUCUGGUAUCUCGUCAUCAAAAUGUCUCUUGCCAGCUCCAAUGGUCACUCACAUUCCGCUACCAAUGGACACGCCGUUCCGGAAAUGGAUCCCGAAGGAGAACCGGAGAUCACUUUGGAAUUCUUCGAUGUGGUCCACCACGGAACUAUCCUGGAGUCGUUGAACACCAUGAGGAAAAAUCGACAUUUUUGCGAUGUUAUUCUUCACGUUGGAAAUACUGAAAUUCAUGCUCACCGUUCCGUAUUGGCAAGUGCUUCUCCAUAUCUGUUGGAAUUGUUCACUACAGAAGAAGAUCAGAAACGGUUCGAAAAUAUAGUUACAUAUACUCUGAACGGUGGAUUCGAUAAAGAUGCUCUCCAAAUUUUGAUUGAGUAUGCAUACACUGGAAAACUUCAUGUUGCUGAUGCUGAUGUAAAAGCAGUCUUUGCAGCAGCCAAUAACCUCAAAAUGGAAAGAGUUUCAAGACAAUGUGCUCAUCAUCUCAUCAAACAUCUGUCUGUGGAUAACUGUAUUGAUAUACGGUCUCUGCCAGGAAUUGCCAGAAAUAAAGAAUUUAUUCAACUAGUCGAUGCAUUUAUUGCAAAUCAGUUCACAGAAAUAAGCAAGAACAGUAAUGUCUUGAACCUGUACUGUGCCCGAAUUGAAGUGCUCAACCAGUCGCGCGAAGAAAUGUCCCUCGUCAACGAAAACUCCCUGUGCCGCCUCGUCUUGGAAUGGAUAAAGCGCCAAAUCAGCGACGAUUCCAUUAGCUCAAACAUCCUAUCAGAGAAAACUUUCAUGCUGUACCUGGCCAUGGAUAAUUCUCUCCAAGACUGUUCCAGUCUACCAUCCGGCGAUGCCAGUGACACAGAAAUCGUCCAGGAUUACAAGAAACUGUCCCUAAAAGAUAAACAGGUCGUGGUGAAGCAAAAGAGAAAAAUCAUCAGCCAGCCGUCGAAGCCGAGGGUGUUGAUCUACAAUCGUAAGAUAGGAGAAGAGCUGGAAAACGAGCUGGAACCGGAUUGGAACCUGAUUGCAACAGCUAGUGUCGGAGAGCAUAGUUUUCUUGCACUGGUCACAUUGGGUGGGAAAUUGUCCACUAUCUCUAUACAAUUAAGACUAAAUACACCUUCUACACCCUCCCCUGUACAAACUCCAACGGCUAGCAGACCAGUGAGCGAAGAGAAACCAGAUCUUUAUUGUGCUCUUGCAAAUAUGUCUUCUCAAAGAUGUGCAGUCGGAUGUGGCAAUUUCAAUAACACCCUGGUUGUUUGUGGUGGCUAUGACAGAAUAGAAUGCUUGCGAACCGUUGAACAAUACAUUCCAGAAACUAACUCUUGGAAAAACCUACCACAGAUGAGAGAAAGCAGGGGCCGGUUCCAAAUUGCGGUGCUGGACGAAAAAGUCUACGCCAUCGGGGGCAGCAAUGGUACGACGGAGUUGGAUUCCGUCGAGAUGUUGGACUUGUCCAUUGGUAAAUGGGUGAAGAUGCCGAAAAUGCCGUUGGCUCGAAGCAAUAUGGGUUCGUGCACGCUGGAAGGCCAGAUAUAUUGCAUAGGCGGAUGGAAUGGGCAAGUUGGAAUCAAGCAGUGCGAUAUUUAUGAUCCGGAAUUAGCUACUUGGUCUUCUAUUGCUCCACUGAAUACAGGACGUUAUCAAGCCGGCGUGGCGGCCUACAACUCUGCCGUCUACGCGAUCGGCGGUUGUGACGCGUGGAACUGUCUCAACUCGGUGGAGCGCUUCGACCCCGAAAAGAACGCCUGGCAGCCGGUGAAGCCGAUCAUGACGGCGCGCCGCGGCUGCGGCACUGUCGUCUUCGCGGGCAGGCUGUACGUGGUGGGCGGCUCGGACGGCUCGCACACGCUGAGCUCGACCGAGGUGUUCGACGAGGAGACGGGCGGCUGGGUGGCCGGGCCCGUCCUCACGACGCCGCGGGCCAACGUGGGGGUGGCCGUCGUAGGGGAUCGGCUCUACGCUGUCGGGGGAUUUUCAGGAAAAACAUUCCUGAAUACCAUUGAAUACUUGGACAUCAAAUCCAAUGAAUGGACCACGUUUGUACCGAAAGAAGACACAUACGAGAUGCUGGUUAGGCGAAAACCUCGUAGUCGGCGGAAUUCAAGAAAAAGCGUUUCAGAAGAUAGGAAGUUGAGUGCACCAACCUCACCGAUGGAUAUAAUAGAAAACCCUAUGGUACAGGAAGCUGUGACCACAACACAAAAAGUGGAUAUAGGAAAAUCAUAACAAUCUGUUAAGUGAAUUUGAUUACUUCAAUCAUCUCUAUAAGUAGUUACUAGAGAUGUAUAACCAAUCCAAGUAUUAUAUUCAUGUUAUGCUGAAAAUUGUUUUCAGUGUCUCUUUCAUUUCUACUUUUUCAAAUAAUUGUAUUUAUCAUGCCAUAAGUAAUUCAAAUUUCCUUUAAUUGAAUUGUGAUUAAUUUAAUUGAUAAUCUCAUAACUGUCAAUGUUAUUUCAUCAUUUCUACCCCAUUGAAACAUAUUUCUGAUAUAUCAAAUGUAUUAUCAACAAAAUAUUUGAUGUCAUUCUCCAGUACAAGGUUAGUUCAGAAUUAAUAAACUGAAGAGAUGUAGAUAUAUUCAAGAAUCAUUUUUGUAAAAAUUAUAAUGCUUAUUAAAAGAAUUUGCUGGUCAGAUUAUUUUAGAAAUUUCGAAACAUAUCUCAUUGAGAGGUUAACAGAUACCAUUUUAUUCAGAUUUUCUUAGGUGCGGUAGUUUCCAUUGUUGUAAAUAACAGUUCCUAAGUAUCUCUGAAAAAUAGUUCGUGUUAUUCGAAUUAUCUGUGAUCAUAAUUCUGAAAAGCUAACCUCAAAAUAUAUUGAGAACAAUAUAUUAUAAUAUCUCUAGAUUACUGGAAAUCAAAAUUUUGUUAUCAACUGAAUGUGCACUUAUGUAGUUUUAUUAUGUAUUGUACUUCUGAACUCUUGUUGAAAAGCAGCUGAAAUGUGCAUGAACGUUUGGAAGAAUGUCCAG